AUGACUGACACUAUUACUACUAUUGCCCGAGCACAGGGAAUUCCAAUUAGAGCUUCUUCUGGUGAAAUUAUAACUGAUCAAUUAAUUGAAUUUGCAAUUCAUAAUGCAGUUAUUAUUGAAUCAAUAUGCUUAAGAUUUCGUUUGAGUUUAUUGCAAGUUUCAAUUUUAAUAUAUGAGUACAAAAAGCUUAAAGAAGAGCAAGCUAACCAAAUUUCACAGAGUGAGGAUCAUGCCUAUCAUGAAAAUGCUAUAAACGUGCAGGUAAACAAUGAUGCGGAAAUUUCUGAACUUUUAUAG